GUCUGAAUCGAGAGUUGACAAAAAAAAUGUAAUGCAUAAUCUUGUGGACGGCGUCCCGUCGGUCUCGGUACUGGGUCGGUGUGACAUGUACGAUCGUAUUGCUGCAACGAGAAGGAGAACGAUAAUGAGCUGGAAUUUUAUUCACAACACCAGUGCUUUUACUUUUACUUAGUACGCACAGGAGUUGCAUGAUGCCUUUUCGGUCGUUCUUAUCCUAGUGUGCUGGAGGCGCAAUUCCUCAAGAACAUCCACACAUCUGUCUUCUACUACGUGUAAGUUCAUUAUGAUAUUGCUCGGUUUUUUUGGCUGAAUUCUCAAAAAUACGUUCCCUCGGUGUCGCAGUCCAUACUUCUUUUGGAAGUGCAAAUACAUACAUACAUACAUACAUACAUACAUACAUACAUACAUACAUACAUACAUACAUACAUACAUACAUACAUACAUACAUACAUACAUGCACCCAGAUGAAUUGUCGUAUAAGAUGAAUUGUACCUCAAUACGUAUUAAGUAUCCAGCGAAGCUUGCAGCGUAUCGUAUUACGAAAGCCCCAAAACAGCGAGCAAAGCAUUUCAGCAGCCAAUUUCUUCAAAAGCGAAAUUGGCGGACCUUGUGUCGUAUUUGCCCAAAAACGGAGGCAAUAACUCAGCAGCUGAAUUGUCACAAAGCGAAGCAAUUCAGCGCAGAAAGACAAAGCAGCCUAUCUCGGUCGAUCGGAAAUAUAUUUCCCGGCAAAAGCCAGCGACAAGCUUUGAAGCAAGAAGACAACAGCCCACGGUCGGAAAUGGAAGUACCCGGC